AUGCAGAACCAAGUGGCGUACGACUGCGUGCAGAUGCACGGAGGCUGGGGAUAUAUGACCGAGUAUCCCAUCAGCAAGGCGUAUGUGCAAAUAGGUCUGCGGUCAACGGAGGCCGUGGUGUCGCGGUACGCAGUGUCCACCAAGGUGGACACCCUCUUGGUGUUCCGGGAGGACGCGUCCACCCCCGCCGCGUCGGUGGCCAUGGCCGACCUGCCCUACGCCACCAUGCGGGACGUCUUCUCCACGCACCAGUUCCUCAUGCUGCCGCGACUGUCUUCACAGUCUGUAUUCGAGGGGCUGUGCCCGGUCUCGGUCUCGCGGACUCGACGCCACUUCUGCGCGGUGUUGUUCACGGAGAACUCGGCGCGGGACGAUGAGGCGCGCGCUGCGCUGCGCCAGUACGCGCUCGAGCGUCAGCCGUCGCACGCCACGCGCGGACGCCCCGACCACCACAGCCAGCGCGCCGACAUGCGGCACCGACACCUCGUCAACUACGCCUACAUCUUCCAGGAAAAACAGGCGCAUUUCGUCAACGCGCUCGUUGGUGUGUCGGCCUCGCCUUCUGAAGUUCACCAGCACGUAGCCAUCCUGUGGCGUUCAGACAGUCGUCGUAUCAAGUUCACAUGGGUGCCUAAAAGCUGGCAACCUGAUGACGACAGCGACAAUGUACACUCGUCACCAGAACACGCUUACUUGCGCUACAAUACGUCGAGCUCUGUGUUAACUGCGUCCAUUGAACGUCUCUUAACGACCGACGCUGCGUUGCCGUACGAGACAGAACUCCAGGAGCUGUUCGACGAACACGCCAACUGUAUUUUGUGGCGCAUCCUGACGCGGCUCUCACACUGGCAUGAGGCGCUCUGGCAGAGUCUCAGUAAAGGCGACCUCUACGUUGUGUUCUCUAUGAUGGCGACAGUUGUUCUCAUCGUUGGUAUUGGCUUCCUCAUGCACUAUAAAGUGUGGGUAUACGCAUUAACAGAUGGGCUGGGAGGUGGCAAAGAAGGCGAUGACGCGCGACUGCUGCCGUGUAAUCAAGACUCCAACAUGACAUCACUCCACUCGGCUCAGUAA